AUGGGUGGACGAGGAAGAGGCGGAGGAGCCGGUACUACAGUUAGAGCUGUGGCUAAUGCUCUUGGAAUUGCUCGCCAUGAGAUGGCUUCUUAUCAACAAAGUAGGGUUGUAGAACCACCAUUAUAUCCAGUUCUGAAUCGGCCUUUGAUCCCAUUGAGCAUCAAAGAUGAGCAAUCGUACAUGUCUGAUGUUAAGUUUGAAUUAGUGAAUAGGUUUCAUGAGUCUGAAUUCUUUCUGGAUCAUAAGAAGAAAAAAGAUAUCAGAAGGUACAUGGAUAAGUAUAACCAGUUAGAUAGAGAAAAAAUGCAGCCAGACUUCACCAGAUUGCCGGAUGAACUUGCUUGGCAGCGUGAUAAAGGACAACCAAAAGCAAAAAAAAGAAAAACUGAUGGCUUGUCUAAUGAAGAGCUCAACUUGCGGCUAAAACGAUUAGAGGAUAAUGAAACUGAUGUAGAUAAAGAUGACGACGUUGAAGACGAGGAGGAAGGUUCUGAGAAGUCCGAUAAGGAGGAUCCAGAAGUUCUAUCGGAAGAUGGAUACGCCGAGGAAGACAACGAUUAUAUCUCUAACUAUUUUGAUAACGGAGAAGGGUAUGGAGAGGGUGGUUCUGAUGAUAAUCUAGAUGGGGAUGACAUUUCAUAA